CUUUGCAAGGUCGCAGAGGGUGUGUCUCUCGGCUUUCUUCUCUCCUGGAGAGUUUCGGUGGUUCUGCCUCCUUGUUUUUCGUUUAGCAGAAAUGGAAUCAGCCACGCCAACGGAAGACUACUGGACGUACGAAGAGAGCUCUGCUUCUGUGGCGGGUGUCGUUGCACGCCCGUGUCUGCAGGAUGACGUCUACAGCUUUGCAAAGAUGUACCCCCCUGUUGUGUACAGCCUGAUUUUCAUCUUGGCUGUCCUGGGCAACGUGCUGGUAUUGUGUGUGAUCACGCGCUACAAAAUCUCUCAGAGGGGUGGAAUCUGUGCCUUCUCCCUGACGGACACCUUCCUCCUUCACCUGGCCGUAUCAGACCUCCUGCUGGCCUUCACCCUCCCCCUCUUUGCCGUGCAGUGGACUCACGAGUGGGUGUUUGGCACGGCCCUUUGCAAGAUCUCCGGUGCCCUCUUCUCCCUGAACCGCUACAGCGGCAUCCUCUUCCUGGCCUGCAUCAGCUUUGACCGUUACCUGGCCAUCGUCCACGCCGUCGGCUCCGGCUGGAAACGCAACACCUGCCACGCUCAGGUCGCAUGCGCCGUCAUCUGGGUGGUGUGCCUCGGCCUGAGCGGCGUGGACAUUGCUUUCAAACAGGUCUCUGAGGUCGGAACUGGUGAGGGCCAGAAGAUGAGCUUGUGCCAGACGUGGUUCGUUAGGAACCCCGAUCAGUGGCAGGUGGGGCUGCAGCUCAUCAGUCUGAUUUUAGGGUUUGGUGUGCCUCUGCUGAUCAUGCUCUACUGCUACAUCCAUAUCUUCAAGUCUCUGUGCAACGCCUCCCGUCGCCAAAAGCGCAAGUCUCUCCGCCUCAUCAUCUCCUUGGUGUCUGUGUUUGUCAUCUGCUGGGCGCCGUAUAACUGCUUCCGGCUGGCGGACAGUCUGGAGAAGCUGGGUGUGGUGGCAGGAGGUUGCCAGUUUGGCCGUGUGCUGGACUUGGGGACCUUGAUCACUGAAAGCGUGGGGCUGUCGCACUGCGCCCUGAACCCUCUGCUGUACGGCUUUGUUGGGGUGAGGUUCAGGAAGGAACUGCUGAAGAUGUUUACGGAAGCUCCGGGGAGGAGAGGCCUCCUCAGAAUGAACGACUGGAAGGAGAAGAAGCCAAAGAAACUAACAUCGUGCAGCUCUGAAAGUGAAAUCACCUCGUACUCGGUCAUGGUGUGACACCUGGGUAGAGCUUAGAAAGAACACGUGGUUUUGUGUGCGAGAGCAAGUUUUCUAAUUACACAUCUUUGGAGAAGAAAGGACAAAUGUUCUCUGAGUUGCGUGCGUGCGUGCGUGCGUGCACGUCCUGCAAAGGUGCUUUUAUUCAGUGCAGCUUAUUUGGUAUUGCUUUGUGCGUUGCACAAUCAUGCGAUGGGGGUGGAGUGUGAAACUAAAGUAUUUCACGAAGACAUUUUAUUUCUCCAUUGGUCCAAUCUUGCAAAACGUCUCGAUUUCUUCAUACCUGCUUAAAAGCCUGUUCAGCAGUUUAAAGACCAACUCUGGGCUCGGCUCGUUGUCUCUAUUGCCAUCAGAAAGUAAUGAAAGUUUCUUUUAACAGAUGUGUGUAUUAAAACGUACGCCUCGUGGCUCACUUACCCAUUUUUUAUACCAGACAGUCAUUUUCUGUUAACUCUGUUGAAAUCAAAUACUGCUGUGUAAAAAUUAAAAUGAUAUAAAAAAAAUGCUAUCCUCGUUUUGAUGUAAAAACGUGUUUCACAAUAAACAAUUUGUAUAAAAAGCA